UGUCACCCAGUUUCCACAUCAAACACACACACACUGAAUGAGAGCCGCACAGCCUGUCCCAGGUACCCCGACAAUGUGUUGCGUCUCCGACAAAUGAAAAACACGCUCCGCGGUUAUUCUUCGACAAAAGAAAUACCAGCGAUACUUCGCAACAAUCUGGAAUAAUACAUUUCUGUGAUUGAAGCGAGGAGGAACCGACGCUUUGGAAAUAAAUUCGUCCUCGUUGCUAACGUGAAAAGGGGAAUUUUGACGGACAUGAAGACCAAAAAGGGUGUGCUGGCGGUGUCUGGCAGUGAGACAGAAGAUGAAGACAGUUUGGACGUGCCUCUGGACCUCUCGUCAAACGGAGGAGUGUCUGGGAAGAGGAAGAGGAGAGGAAACUUGCCCAAAGAGUCAGUACAGAUACUACGGGACUGGCUCUACCAACACCGCUACAAUGCUUAUCCAUCAGAGCAGGAAAAGGCCUUGCUCUCCAAGCAGACCCAUCUCUCCACACUACAGGUGUGUAACUGGUUUAUAAAUGCUCGGCGACGACUACUUCCUGAGAUGCUCCGGAAAGACGGCAAAGACCCCAACCAGUUCACAAUCUCCCGACGUGGGAGUAAGGGUGGCGAAAUGCUAAGCGACAACUCCCAGUCCCCCAAACAUGGCCUGCUUGCUAAUGGAGAAGACCGCAGCAUCUAUGAGCCUGGCUCACCUCACCCAACCAGCAAUACCCCCAUCUCUAAUGGUUACCCCAAAAAGGCCCUGUCUCCCAAAUCACCCCCCUCACCUGGAACUGUCUUACCCAGACCCUCUGUCAUCUGCCACACCACCAUCUCCGCAACCACGCAAGGAAUCGUCACGACAACCCAAGUGCCGGGUCUGGGCGUCGAGGGAGCUACAGAGCUGCCUGUCACGGAGGCAGUCGCCCUUUUUGGGUGUCACGGGAGCAUUGGGGUGAGCGGAGAGGGGAACGUCAGCCCUCAGAGCGGCCUGUUCAACACCCCACCGCCCACCCCACCCGACCUCACCCAGGACUUCAGUGGUUUCCAGUUGCUGGUUGAUGUGGCGCUGAAGAGAGCUGCAGAAAUGGAGCUGCAGGCAAAACAGCUCCUCGCCUGAAGACAGGCAGAGGACAGAAUAGAUGGAUGAAAGAGCUUCAUCUAUGUUUCUUUCUAGCUCCCCUAUCUCUUGCCCCCCUAAAACUCCAAACUCCACAGUGAGUUAAAAAAAACUUGACUGAGCAACAGAAAGCAAACAAGCAUGGCCUGAUUAUUUCUAUUUUUGGUAAAUGUAAAUCAAAUUGAUGAGGAUUCCUUUAUGUAAAGCAUUUCAAGGUGCCUUGGCAGUCACUUCUUUUUUUAUAUUCCAUUUAUAUGUAAAUACAUAUGUAUCUUUUUGUUUUGUACACGGGACCAAAACCAAACACAGUAAAACAACUUCCUGUCUUUCCCUUACUGGAGAAGACAAGUGCUUCUCCUCAUUCCUCAUGAGUCUUUCUUUCUCGUUUUCAGAGAUUUAGCUCUAUGAUUGUCGAUUUCGCCUAAUUUUUUAGAAAUCACGUAUUUUUUAUUCUGCCUCAUUCUUUUUUGCACAAAAUGGCAGGUCAUCUCAGUAUCUUAUCAACUCUAGCUUACGAUCCAACAGACUUUAAUCACUACUGCACCGGGUCAUUCUGUGUCUCAAGAUGUUCAGUUGUUGUUUUGUUUUUGUUGUAAAGUUUCAAAUGCUGUCUUUAGUAUGUUUGUUUUUUUUCCUAACAUUUCUAUUGAUGGAUAUUCAGAUGUAGCAGAACUAUAGACUGAGAUUUCCUCUGAAUACUAAGUGUAGAAACGGCCAGUGAAUGUGCCCACAUGCUUCCCAACCCUACCCCUUCACACACUCACACACUCACACUCAAAUACACAACACACUUUGGACAAGUGAGCUGGAAGAAUGAACACUACAUGAAUUGUAUUAAAGUCUAUUUUCUGUUUUGGUUUAUCAAGUUGAGACCACUUUCAGAGGAUAAAUGGAAAGAAUGGUUUUAAGUCACCAAAUAUAUUCAUUUAAAGGUUUAGGGACCUUAGAACAGUGCAUUUACAGUAGCCAAUGUGACAUGAUGCCCAAUUAUGUGACUUCUCCUUACUGUGCAAUGUAUGUGGCAAAUAGGGGUCACAUGGUGUUUAAAUAAAGUUUUGUU